CCGCCCACACUCCCAGCUCUCCGGGCUGUCCGGUCAGCUGUGUUUUUACUCCUCUCUGCUGCCACCGAAAAUACUCUUUUACCUCCACAUGGUCUAGUCAUCCAUGCAUGCGCACUUUCAACAGGAGGAGAGUCUGUAGCGUGAUGUGACUUUUUGUCCCUGCAGAGACGCUCGACUCCAGAGGGGCGACAGGUGUUCUGUCGAUCCGGGCAGUUUUGUCUGCAGCAGUCCUCUUCUGUCUGUAUUCCGUCUCCUCCUCCUCUCCCACGUCCAUCACAACUAUGUCUGGCGACAUUUUGCAGCGCUUCAGCAUCUUCUCCUUGAACGUCAAGCACCUCAGCCGCUUCCCCCGCUUCUCAGACCUCACCCCUUCCUCCCUGCCGUUGCCCAGCCCCACCGUCACCGCCUCCCAGGUCCCCUUGCUGUUCCGAGAACCCUACAUCCUGUCAGGCUACCGUCCCAUCCAGCAGGAUUGGCGUUGCUACCUCCUCAGCCUCUUCCAGAGACACAACGAAUCCCUGAAUGUGUGGACUCAUUUGCUUGCAGCUGUUGUGCUUCUGAUUCGCUGGUGGGCCAAUGUAGACGCCCUGGGGUACACCUUGGACGCAGCAUCUCUACCUCUGAGCCUCUUCCUGGUGUCCUCUUUCACUUAUCUGUUCUUCAGUGUGACAGCUCACCUCUUCCAGUCUCACUCUGAACAUGCACACUACUUCUUCUUCUUCAUGGACUAUGUGGGUGUAGCUGUGUAUCAGUAUGGUUGCUCACUUGGACAUUAUUUCUACACGUCACAGCCGGCAUGGAGAGAAAGCUGUGUAGGGUUGUUGUUUCUACCUGGAGCUGUCUUCUUUGGCUGGCUCUCUUGCGCUGGCUGCUGUUUCGCUAAGGCCAGGUACAGGCGGCCAUAUCCCCUCCGGCGUAAAAUCUGCCAGAUAAUCCCUACCGCCCUGGCAUACCUGCUAGACAUCAGCCCCGUAGCCCACCGUCUGUUCACCGUCUCCUGGAUGGGAGAGCCCUCACUGCCCUUCCACGCCCUCCAGAUCGCCUCUUUCCUGCUGUCCGCCCUCUUCUUCUCCUGUCCCAUCCCCGAGCGCUUCUUCCCGGGCCUCUGUGACUUUGUGGGACACGGUCACCAGAUCUUCCACCUGUUUCUGUCCCUGUGCACCGUGUGCCAGCUGGAGGCUUUGUUCCAGGACUACUCCGUGCGGAGGGAUACGGUGCUGGAGGUGUUUGGAGACAGGCAGCUGUGGUGGGCCUGCGUGUCCUUCCCUGCCCUGUUUCUGGGUUGCACCCUGACAGCACUCAUCACAAUGAGGCACGUGAACAGGCAACUGCAGGGUAAACAAGACAGAGAAAAGUGACAAAUGUUUGUGGUAGCGUGUAUUUAUGCAUGCAUGUAUGUGCGUGUGUAUGGGUGUGCAUGUGAGAGAGAAUGUGAGAGAAGAAAAGAGGCGCUGGGUUUAUAUACCUAAUAAUAACAAUGAUAAUGAGAAAUGAAGCCAUCUUUAUGUGUUUUUGAUAAACAGUUUGAUAAAUCAGUUUGUCUGUUUGUCUGAAAAUGUGAUCAUUUGAAGUACUUGCAUAAAUAAAAUGAUGUGAAAGAG